UAAAACAACCCCACCGACCGGGCGCAGUGUGCGAGUUUAGGAGCAAGACACAGCCCGAGAUCUGUCUUAUAUCGGAUAUUUCGCAGUUUAACACACAAGGACUACAGAAGCCGAAGUCUCCAAAGAUGAAGUCACAGAGCAAAUCAUUUCUUGAGGACGUUGACGACCUGAGCGCCGUGUUGUGUGAAUUCGACGCUGUCAUUGAGGAUUUCUCGUCCCCCGUGGAGAAGCGACACUUCAGGUAUGAUGAGCACUUGAAGACCGUGAAGAGACGGAGCAGCGCGAGCGUCAGCGACAGCGGCAUCAGCGACUCUGAGAGUGCAGAGUCCUUGAACAGAAACAGCUUCAGCUUCAGUGAUGAGAAGCUCAACUCUCCCAGCGUCUUCUCCCCCUCAUCAAACAGUCCCUUGGUCACAUCUCCUAAACCUAAACUUGGAGACACUAAAGAGCUGGAGGACUUCAUUGCUGACCUUGACAAAGCAUUAGCAAGCAUGUGAGUAAGAGACGGGAUGACUGGGGCCCACCACAUUGUAGCUCCGCUGGGGGACGACAGCCAGACCGCCCCUGACAAACCUGAACCACUGUGAAGAUGGAGAAGACGUGGUCCUGGUUUCACAUGCUGAUCGACGACGUUCACGAAGGCUUCAUACAAACAAACUCAGAUACAAAUGCAUAAGACAUACACUUUUGACAGGAAGCUAUAAGAUUAUUUAAAUGGCUUUUUAUAGAAAUAUAUUUUUAAUUUUAUAGAGUUGGUUAUUGUAAAUUUAUCUGUAAUACCAUUUUGUGAAUUUAUAUUUUUGUAUUUCAUGUAAAUAUUGUUUCAGACUCUUAUCGCCUUGCUAUAAGCCUUUUCUGUCACAUGAGAAUAAACUUAAUUCUUAAUUCAUUAGAAAAACUGGAAAAGCAAUAUGACAUGUAUUUAAUACAACUAAUGUCUUCAAGAGAUUAAAGUUGACAGAUUUUAA